AUGCAAGUUCACAAGGCCGAAGAUACUAAUAAAACAAACAGUGCAACGGCUGGUAGCAAUAUCGACGGCCGUACGGCCAGUGUCGUCUUUGAGCUCGAGGUCGACGACGGCGCCGCCGGGCGUCUUGCGGACAUGGUCGACCAGCAGCCUCAACACGGACAGCUCGCCACUCUCGACGGCCUGCAUGACGCCGUUCCAGCCGCGGUACAUGCGGUUGACGUCGGCGCCCUUGUCGAGCAGCAGGUUGAGGACGUCCAUGUCGCCGUCGCCCUUGUAGCUCCGCACGGCCUUGACCAGCGGCAGGUGCUCGCCGGGCGAGUUGACGUCGGCGCCGGCGUCCUCGACCAGGAACCGCACCAUCUUCUUGUUGCCCUCGCGGAUGGCCGAGGUGAGCGGGGAGAAGACGCCGCUCCGCCGGUCCUCGAUGCUCACGCCCGCGGCGAGCAGCAGCUUGACGCUCUCGAGCUGGUCCGCCACCACGGCCAUCUCCAGCACGCCCCGGAAGGCGCCCGGGUCGCUCAGCACCGCCAGCAGCUUCUGCAGGAUGUGCGGGUGGCCCACGGCCAUGUGCACCGGCCACCCCUCCCCGCGCACGCUGGGGUCCGCCCCGCCCCGCAGCAGCGCGUCCACCAUGUCGGGCUUGUUCUCCCGGAUGGCCGUCGUCAGCGCCGUGCGGCCCUCGGCGCUGCGGUCGUUGGGGUCCGCCCGCUUCUCGGCCAGCAGCCACGCCAGCGCGUCCGUGUUGCCGACCGCCACGGCCGUCUCGCAGAUCCCGGGCGGCGACGAGAGGUCCCCGCCCGCCUCGACCAGCCGCGGCAGGUAGUACUCGGUGCGGAAGUGCGUCACGCACUUGAAGCAGGGGUACUCGGCCGAGGCGAGGUUGGGGUCGGCGCCCGCGGCCAGCAUCAUGUCGAAGAGGUCCCUGCGGUCGUCGCGGAUCGACGUGCACAGCGGCGUCCACACGCCGUCCUUGCGGGCGUUGACGUCGACGCCGGCCGCGAGCAGGAUCCGGACCGCCUCGGCGUUGUUGAUGGACGUCGCGAGCUCCAGCACGCCGGGCGUCUUUUUGGGGUCCGCGCCGCGCGCCAGCAGCAACUCGAGGCAGGACGGCUGGGACGUCGACGGCCACAGCAUGUGCUUCGGCCCCGGGAGGUUUGGGUUGGCGCCGUGGUCCAGCAGGGCCGUCACGACGUCGACGCGGCCGCCGUUGGUGAUGGCCUCGAACAGCGCCGACUUGCCCUCGCGGCUCUUGGCGUUGGCGUCGGCCCCGUACUCGAGCAGCAGCUCCACCAGCCGCAGGGACGCGUCGCGGCCGCCGACCGCCGAGAUGAGCGGCGUGCUGCCCCGCGCGAACUGCACGUUGACGUCGGCCCCGUAGGUGAGCAGCAGCUGGGCCAGCUCGGGUCGCUGCUCGGCGAUGGCUAUGCCCAGCGGCAGCUCCGGGCCCGGGACGUCGGUGCCGGAGAGGUUCGGGUCGGCGCCGUAUUUGAGCAGCAGCUGCGUCCCCUCGAGGAAGCCGACCUCGACGGCAUAGAGGAGCGGCGUGACGCCGUCCGAGUCUGCAGAGUUGGGGUCCGCCCCGAAGCAGAGGAGGAGCCGGACGGUCUCGAGGUCGCGGUUGAGUAUCGCCUCCCUGAGGAUGUGCACGUCUUCCGGGUGGGUGUCUGGGGCAACGCCGCGGUCGAGGAGCUGCUCGACGACCUUGUGCUUUUGCGUCUGGACGGCCCCUGCGAGAGCACUCCGCAGGUUGGGGUUGUCGGCCGCGGCGGCGUUUCUCGGUUGCCAGCGGGGCAUCUGCUGAGGGUCCGCGUGGAUCCGAACGGCCUUGAUGGGGCCGCUCAGGUCCAGGCUUUCCAGAUCGUCAAGCAACGUAUCCGCAUCCGUCAGGCCCGGAGAAACAUUGUCGUCUUGCACCAGAGACCUGGGACGGUGAGGGCUGUUUUCGAGGCGGAGAUUUGCACCGGCGCCCAAGCGGCCCGAGCCGACACUCUUUUCUGA